AGGUCCGUAAACUUAUUAUUUACGAUAGACAGUUGCUCAGUGAAUCUGUCAAAGAUACAAUCGAGAAUAAAAAUGGAAUGGGAUAUUUUGAAGAAAGAACAAGAAUACCUACGGGAAAAUGAAAUUAUCGAAUCAAAAACGAAGGCUUUGUUAAGAAAGGUCGAUGACGCUAUGAAAAUGCAAGAAAAUCUGUUAAAGGAUUCCAGUGUGAAAUUAGAUAUCUGUAACAGCACCGUACCCCAACAAGCGAAAAAAGUAGAGGAUCAGAAUAUUUCGAAAAUUGCCUUGAACGAUCCGACCGUACCAAAUGAGGAAAUCCUUAACGACAUGGGCCAGAAAGGUACGCAUCAUUUUUAUAGGGCUAAAAUAAAAGCUUUGAAGGAGGAAAAUGAGAAGAUGCAAGCUGAUAUGAAAAUGAUGAACUCUGAGAGUAAGCAGCUUCAAAAGGACCUCAAUCAGUGUUCUGAGGAUAAAGAUAAAUGGUUUCUUCAAUAUAAUUUGGGAAAAUCUCAAAUCAGUAAGCUAGAAAACCAGCUCUCCCAGUUGAAUAUGAAACUUCAGUCUAAAGAUGCAGAAAACAUUGCAAUGAAAAAAGAAAUAGAUAUUUUGAAAAGAGAAAUCAAGGUCACGACACAGUCUACUAAUACCAACGAACUGAAGUUGAACAAAGCUUUAGAGGAAAAUGAGAAGAACAAAGCGUUGUUGAAAACGUUAAAAAAGUCAGAGAAGGAUUUGAGAGAAGGCCAUAAGAAACAAGUUCAAGAGUUGACGUCUAUGAUACAACAAAUAGAAAAGCAAAAGAACGAAUUGAUUCAUGGUUUCAAAAAACAAUUACAAUUAAUAGACAAUUUGAAAAAGCAAAAGACCCAUCUAGAAACAUUCAAUCUUGUUCAAAUAGCGGAGGCGGAAUUUAUGAAAAUAUUGGACUGGAGGACUGAGAACUGAACAAAUUUCUUAUGAAAUCCGUAAUAAUUUAGGAGUAUUAAAUAAAUGUACAAUUUCAAAUUCGAUGUUGUGAUUUCAAUUAUACCUAUGUGCCUAUCUCUUUAGGAACUUAUUGUUGUUAGACGGGCGUAUCUAACAGAAAUAUCAUCGUAGAUCUAAAUAGGACAUCCAUCUA